UUCUCGUUUGUCAGGAUUAACCAUUAAGUACCACCUGGUUUGAGUACGGCUCUAAGUACCAUGCGGCUGCAGGCCAGGCCCGGAUAUCUGAGCUCUAGAGCCUUAGCUGCUACCCCGUCGUUUGUGCAUCCUCCAAACAAAUUUUAAGAGGAAAUCGUCAAAUCCGGGGCCUCUCCCUAGCGGGGUGCAACGGAGACGUAGAGCCAAAGAGCGAAUCUAGCCAGCUGGCAGCCAUGAAUGAAUGGAUGAAGAAAGGUCCCUUAGAAUGGCAAAAUUACACUCACAAAGAAGUCAGAGUGACAGCGAGUGAGAAGGAGUAUAAAGGAUGGGUUUUAACCACAGACCCAGUCUCUGCCAAUAUUGUCCUCGUGAACUUCCUUGAAGAUGGAGGCAUGUCUGUGACCGGAAUUAUGGGACAUGCUGUGCAGACUGUUGAAAUUGUGAAUGAAGGGGACCAUAGGGUAAUAGAGAAGCUGAUGCAUUUGUUCACGUCUGGAGACAGCAAGGCGUACAGCUCUGAGGAUCUGGAAAAGAGAAAGAACAGCCUGAAGAGUUGGCUCGAGAAGAACCACAUCCCCAUCACUGAACAGGGGGAUUCGCGAAGGACUCUGUGUGUGGCUGGGGUCCUAACUAUAGACCCACCAUAUGGGCCAGAGAAUUGCAGCAGUUCUAAUGAGAUUAUUCUGUCCCGUGUUCAGGAUCUCAUUCAAGGACAUCUUGCAGCUUCCCACUGAGAGGCAAGAACUACGGAUUCAUUAAAAUAAAACUUCACUUUUUUUUCCUUCAUAAAAUGUUUUGAAUCUAAAGUCCAUCAUAUUACAGGUCUUUAAAGGUACACAGUA